GGCCGUGCCUUCCUUUCCCGUCCCUCCCCGCCGCCGCUCCGCGAGGGGCAGGGCCGGGCCCCCCUCGCUGUCCCCGGCCCGCUCGGCCCGGCCGCGGCUGCCCCGGUGAGGAGCGGGCGAGGAGCGGGUGAGGAGCGGGCGAGGAGCGGCAGCCCCAGCGCGGUGCCGGAGCCGCGGCUGUUCCCCCACAGCAGCGCCUGUCCGUGCCUUGAGGAUCGAGGAGAAAGCGGCCCUGAGGGGAUGCUCAGGGAGCGGCUCCUCGGCUCUGCCCCUGCACGGCUCUGACUCGCGAGAGUGGUGGUGAUUGCACAGAAAAGUUAAAUGUCUUCAGAGGACAAGGAAGCUCAGGAGGACGAGCUGCUGGCUCUGGCCAGCAUCUACGAUGAGGAUGAGUUUAAGAGAGCAGAGUCUGCCCAAGGAGGAGAAACAAGAAUUUGUCUGGAGYUGCCUCAAGACUUCAAAAUUUUUGUGAGUGCUGCCUCGGUGGGCUCUGGCUCUGGCAGUUCCACGGAGAGCCUCCAGAGCAGUGGGUUUGAGUAUUCCGUGUGCUUCCUGCCUCCCCUCGUGCUGAAUUUCGAGCUYCCACCUGACUACCCAUCGACCUCCCCGCCUGUGUUCACCCUCAGUGGCAAAUGGCUCUCCCAGGCCCAGCUCAGCGCUCUUUGCAAACACUUGGACAACGUGUGGGAAGAGAACCGAGGCUGUGUGGUCCUGUUUGCCUGGAUGCAGUUUCUGAAGGAAGAAACAYUGAAUUACCUGAAUAUUUCAUCUCCAUAUGAGCUGAAAAUGUGUCCUCAGGGGAAGGGGCAGAGCCGGACACCAGUGGGGCCCCUCGAGGCUGGGAAGGACUGUGGAGGUGCCACAGGCUCUGCCACAGCUGAGGAGGAGAUCAUGGAUGCCAGAGCUGUGCAGGAUGUGGAGUCCUUGUCCAGUCUGAUCAGGGAAAUCUUGGACUUUGACCAGGCCCAGAGGAGGAAGUGCUUCAACAGCAAGAUGUACUYGUGCAGUAUCUGCUUCUCAGAGAAGCUGGGCAGCGAGUGCAUGCACUUCACUGAGUGCAGCCACGUGUACUGCAAAGCCUGCCUGAAGGACUACUUUGAAAUCCAGAUCAGGGAUGGCCAGGUGCACUGCCUCAACUGCCCCGAGCCCAAGUGUUCUUCUGUCGCCACUCCAGGCCAGGUGAAGGAGCUGGUGGGGGAGGAGCUGUUUGCCCGCUAUGACCGCCUGCUGCUGCAGUCCAGCCUGGACCUGAUGGCUGAYGUGGUUUACUGCCCCCGGCCCGGCUGCCAGACCCCCGUGAUGCAGGAGCCCGGCUGCACCAUGGCCAUCUGCUCCUGCUGCAACUACGCCUUCUGCACCCUCUGCAAGAUGACUUACCAUGGGGUGUCCCCCUGCAAGGUCACUGCAGAGAAAUUAAUGGAUUUGAGAAACAGCUAUUUAGAAGCAGAUGAGACAACUAAAAAAUUUUUGGAGCAACGCUAUGGCAAGAGAGUGAUUCAGAAAGCCCUGGAGGAGAUGGAGAGUAAGGAAUGGCUGGAAAAGAACUCCAAGUCUUGUCCUUGCUGCGGGACUCACAUCGAGAAAYUGGAUGGCUGUAACAAAAUGACCUGCACAGGGUGCAUGCAGUACUUCUGCUGGCUCUGCAUGGGCUCYCUGUCCCGGGCCAACCCCUACAGGCACUUCAACGACCCCUCCUCCCCCUGCUUCAACAGAUUGUUUCAAGCCAUGCACAUCGAUGAUGGGGAGUUCUGGGAAGCGGAAGAUGAUGAUCAKUAGCUUCCUCCUGCACCAAAAGGGAUGAGUGCCAAGGCAGAGAGCUGAGGAUGUGACCAGUGAGACGGUGAAAGGUAUCAGGAAGAGAUAAACUUGAAUUCUUCAAGAUACUGACAAUGACCUURUAUUCUGAGAUAAUGGAGUAAUUUAUUUUUUACUAACUAUUCGUAUAAGAAAUUUGAUUGUUGAAACUUUUGCUUCUGGACUAGAUCCAUUAUUUCCACUGGUUUUGCUCUUCAGAUUAUUUCAGAAACCAARUGAUUUCCCCUAAAAUCUCAGCAAGUAAUUUUGUGAGUAUGAAGGUGAUUGGGAGGGAACCACUGAUUUUUCACAAGUUUUCCCACUUGCAGAACAGUUUGAAAGUUUAUUUGGAAACUAAAGCUGCUUGUGUUGUGUUCAAAAGCAGUAGGGCCUGGAUGGGAAGCUCAGGAGCUGAGRCUCCUCAGGAGCUCAGGGUGAUCACAUCUCACUCAGUUCCGACAGGUAAUACAUUUAUCCUGGGAUAUGUGGCCACCACCAAGUGGUGCUUCAGUUCCUCCUGCAGAGGAGGAGUCUGCACUGUUGGAAUUGGCAGAGAUUUAAAAGAUGAAAGGCUCAGAGUGAAUCUCACCUCAGUUUAAGCUCUAGGUCAGUGUGUAGGAAAAGUUUAUGUUGUGUAUGGUUUUGAGUUGUAUUUCCUGCACCUUUCAUAUGCACUAAAUUCACUUUAAGAUGGUAAACA